AGUUGGGAACCACUGAGCAGCUGAAAGUUUGAAAAUGAAACAUCUACAGUAGUCUGUUUCCCCUGACAUUUUUUAGGCUUGAAAAGGAGAUUUCAUAACAUUGUCCAAUUGUGAUGUUAAGAAUAACAAAACUGACCUGUUUUUUCCAUAGGGUCCGUUGAGAAAAAGGUGGGGACAAGAUUUCCAACUUCUUUUUAACGAGAAGCAGGUCAGGUAACAGGUGGACAAAGUGUGGGUGGAUAACUCAUGUGUGAGUAUAUUCAAGCGUAGGGUAAUUGUGAGUGGAUAACUGUGAGCGGCUUACUCUGAUUAUUGAAAAAUUGGUUCAUAUCGAGCCAAUAAUAUUCCUUUAUGUGGACAACGGUGAGCACAUUUGCCCCACAGUUCAGAUCUGGGCUCUGGCCUUCUUGUGUGGAGUUACAUGUUCUCCCUGUGCUUGCAUGGGCUUUCUCCGAGUACUCCGAAUUCCUCCUACAUUCCAAAACAUGGAUGCCAGGCUGACUCUAAUUUGUCUUUAGGUGUGAAUGUAAGUGUGAAUGGGCAUGUGUGCUGGGAGUGACUGGCAACCAUUCCAGGGUGUACCCUGCCUCUCAUCCAAAGUCAACAGAGAUAGGCUCAAGGACACGCGUGACCUGAGUGAUAAGUGGUACAGAUGACGGAUGGAGAAUUAAAUGUUUAAAGGUCUGGCGAUUAAUAUUUCUUAUGAUUAAGAUAGGUAUCCAUGCGGCACGGUGGUUCACCAGGUAAAGCGUUGGCCUCACAGUUCUGAUGACUGGGGUUCAAUCCCGGCCCCACCUGUGUGGAAUUUGCAUGUUCUCCCUGUACCUGCGUGGGUUUUCUCCAGACACUGGUUUUCUCCCACAUCCCAAAAACAUGCAACAUUAAUUGGACACUUCAAAUUGCCCUUAUAAAGGUGUGAUUGUGGGUGCAGCUAUUUGUCUCUAUGUGCCCUGCAACUGGCUGGCAACCAGUUCAGGGUGUAUCCUGCCUCCUGCCCAUUGAAAGAUGGGAUAGGCUCCAGCAUUCUUGCGACCCUUUUGAUGAUAGGUGGCAAGGAAAAUGGAUGGAUUGAUGGCGAGGUAUCCAAGUGACUUGACUGUGAUCAGAAAUGCAAAAGAAAAAAGUUCCAACAAGACAAAAUUAACAUGUUUAAAUGUUGUCGACGUUAUUAAAUCCGUAAACGCGCAGCUGCAAAAAUAAAAACAAAACGGUAAAACGAAACGUUUUGUAAUUCGGCUAUGCAAAUCUCCGGAACAUUCGAAAGAUGCAGACUUUAGUUCCCCGUAGGAAACAUUAUAGCGAGGUACUCCGGAAGUGAAGUCUUUGCGAACAUUUACUUUUACAUUUCACGCCAUGUCGGUUAGGCAGUAGCGCGUUCCCAAAUCAAAUAGCGUUGUUUAAAAUCAAGUCGAUAUGCCGAAAGUCGUGUCGAGAAGUGUUGUAUGCUCCGAUACGCGAGACCGAGAGGAGUAUGACGACGGAGAAAAGCCUCUCCAUGUCUACUACUGCCUGUGCGGCCAGAUGGUGCUGGUCUUGGACUGCCAGCUGGAGAAGCUCCCCAUGAGGCCCCGAGACCGAGCCCGGGUGAUCGACGCCGUCAAACACGCGCACAAAUUCUGCAACGUGGAGCCGGACGAGAACACGUACAUUAAGAGAGCCGAGGGCAUCGAGAGGCAGUACCGCAAGAAAUGCGGCAAGUGCGGCCUUUUGCUGUUUUACCAGCACCAGGAGAAGAACACGCAGGCCACCUUCGUCGUGGAAGGAGCUGUGGUCAAAUUCGGACAGGGGAUUGGGAACACCAGCGUGUACAGUCAAAAGCAGCCCGAAGCACCCAAGAAGGUCCGCGUGAUGAUGACGAAGCGAACCAAAGACAUGGGCAAGUUCAGCUCCGUCACCGUGUCCACCAUUGACGAGGAGGAGGAGGAGAUCGAGGCCAGGGAGGUGGCCGACUCCUACGCUCAGAACGCCAAAGUGAUUGAGAAGCAGCUGGAGAGGAAGGGGAUGAGUAAGAGGAGACUGCAGGAGCUGGCCGAGCUGGAGGCCAAGAGAGCCAAGAUGAAGGGCACCCUGAUUGACAAUCAGUUCAAGUAGAGAAGGCCCCAUAAAGGUUAUGAACUCUAUGAAGAGACAUUAUUUACGGGCAUACAAAAGGACUUAGGGUGGACAUAUUGGUUAAAAAUGUGUUUUGUAGGAUAGCACAGUGGUGUACUGUGUACUUGUACAGUGGACUUGCAUGGGCUUCCUCCCACUUUCAAAAUUGCUCAUGUUAGAUAAAUUAAGGACUAAAUCGUACAUUGUGAAUGGUGGUUUGUCCAUAGGUUUCCUUUAGGAAAUUGAUAUUUUGUACUUCCACCAAAUAAACAGUUUUUUUUCAAAA